AUGGAAGUGGCCAACCAGUCCAUGGUAACUGAAUUCAUCCUGCUGGGGUUGUCAGACCACCCAACACUGGAGAAAACGUUCUUUGUGCUCAUCCUGUCAAUGUACCUGGUGAUCCUGCUGGGCAACGGGGUCCUCAUCCUGGUGACCAUCCUUGACGCCCACCUGCACACGCCCAUGUACUUCUUCCUGGGGAACCUCUCCUUCCUGGACAUCUGCUACACCACCUCCUCUGUCCCCCUGGUCCUGGAUGGCUUCCUCACUCCCAGGAAAACAAUCUCUUUCUCAGGCUGUGCAGUACAGAUGUUUCUCUCCUUUGCCAUGGGAGCCACGGAGUGUGUGCUCCUGGGCAUGAUGGCGUUUGAUCGCUAUGUGGCCAUCUGCAACCCCCUUAGGUACCCAGUGAUCAUGAGCAAGGCUGCCUAUGUGCCCAUGGCUGGUGGUGCCAACUCCUUGGUGCAGAUCUCCCUUGCGGUACAGUUGCCUUUCUGUGGGGACAGUGUCAUUAAUCACUUCACCUGUGAGAUCCUGGCUGUCCUGAAGUUGGCCUGUGCUGACAUUUCAAUCAAUGUGAUCAGCAUGGGGGUGGCCAACGUGAUCUUCCUGGGGAUCCCAGUUCUGUUCAUCUUUGUCUCCUACAUCUUCAUACUCACCACCAUCCUGAGGAUCCCCUCCGCUGAGGGGAGGAGGAAGGCCUUCUCCACCUGCUCAGCCCACCUCACUGUGGUCAUCGUCUUCUAUGGGACCAUCCUCUUCAUGUACGGGAAGCCCAAGUCCAAGGACCCCCUGGGAGCAGACAAGCAGGAUGUUUCUGACAAACUCAUCUCCUUAUUUUAUGGGGUGUUGACCCCCAUGCUGAACCCCAUCAUCUACAGCCUGAGGAACAAGGAUGUGAAGGUUGCCAUGUGGAACCUGGUGGGUCGGAAAUGCCUCGUUCAGGGAUUGUGA